AUGGCGCAGCCGGGGUCAUUGCACCGGCGUAAACGCGUUCGAGUCCCAGUGUCUCUGGUUAAAAGCUAGUUUUGGUAGGAAGAUGGCGUCUGCCGGAGGGGGUGCCCUGAGUAUCCUGGAGUACUUAGGAGGCGAAGAUGGGAACCGGUGCGGGUACUGCAAGAGCGAGUCUGGCAACAUUUCCCAUGGGAUGUGGGCUCAUUCUCUUACGGUGCAAGACUAUCAAGACCUCAUAGACAGAGGAUGGAGACGGAGUGGAAAAUACGUGUACAAGCCCUUAAUGUGCCAGACCUGCUGUCCUCAAUAUACUAUACGGUUGGCAGCUUUAAACUUUGAACCCUCCAAAUCGCAUAAGAAAGUACUGAAGAAAGUGUGGAAGUUCCUAGAGACUGGAAAAGUGACUCAUUCUACCAGCGAUGGGUCUGUUGGCGAGCCGAUGGAUUCCCAGGCCGACAGCCCCAUUUCCUGCAAUAUUUCCAUGAGAGAGAAGUCUGAAUUGUCGGGGGACGAGCUGAAACCACUGAGCGCUGAGCUGGAGGAAAGCGAAAAAGAGCCCGGAGAGAAGCAGAUUGAGCCACAGGGUGACUCCAGCUCUGCCGGCAGAAAGGCAGACUGCUUACAAAGUGCCAACGUGGAGGCCUUCAACCAUUCGGCUCCUAAACCAGGAAUAGGAGCUGAUGCAAAUAAGCCACCAUGCCGAAAAGCCAAAGAUAUCCGCAAGGAGCGUCGGCUGCAGAAACUCCUACUCCAGCAGUCUGAGACAUCAGGUGGGCCGCAGGAUGCCCCCGUCACGUCAAAGCCAAAAGCCAACUGCGGCAAGUCACUAGAGGAGUUUAUCUCGGGGUCACGGCCAGAAGCUGCAGCCCACAAUUUGGAGGUGAGACUUGUGAGGUCUUCUCCUCCCAGCUCCCAGUUCAAAGCAAGUUUUCAGGAGUCCUACCAAGUGUAUAAACGCUAUCAGAUGACCAUUCACCAGGAUCCGCCUGAUAAGCCGUCCAUAAGCCAGUUCUCCAGAUUUCUCUGUGAUUCACCGCUGGAGCCAGAAACCUGCCCGGAUGGACCCAGUUGUGGUUAUGGCUCCUUCCAUCAGCAGUACUGGCUGGAUGGAAAGAUCAUUGCGGUUGGAGUAAUCGACAUCCUCCCUCACUGUGUCUCCUCUGUGUAUCUCUACUAUGAUCCUGAUUACUCCUUUCUUUCCCCUGGAGUUUAUUCUGCCUUACGAGAAAUAGAGUUCACUCGAGACCUUCACAAAAAGGCUGCUGAUCUCUGCUAUUAUUACAUGGGCUUCUAUAUCCAUACUUGCCCCAAGAUGAGAUAUAAGGGUCAGUAUAAACCAUCAUACUUGUUGUGUCCAGAGACCUAUGCAUGGAUGUCCAUCGAAAAUGGUGUUCCUUUGCUGGAGCGUAGUAAAUACAGUCGCUUGAACAGCAACGCCAGGGAAGGGGACAAAGACGUCCUGACAGAGCUGGGACGUGUCCGAAUCUUACACAAGCGCACCGUAAUGCCAUACAGCAUAUACAAGAAGAGGCGAAAGGGGCCCAGCGACGAGGCAACAGUCAAACAAUAUGCAGGGCUGGUGGGUCAGACCUGUGCAGAACGCAUGGUGCUCUAUCGUGCUUGAGAUGUUCUUGCUCUGUCUGUCCCUACUAAAUGGCUCGAGGCACUCUAUGAAGGGAGCUUCCAUGGGGUGAUGUACUCUGUGCAUGCGAGUGUUUUCAGAGUCAUCAAAGUGGGGGUUGAUCAGGAAAAAAAA